AUGUUAAUGUCGACCGACGUUGCAUCUAUCAUGCUGCCCGUGUCCCGUGGACUCAUGGAGCGGGAUAGAGACCUCGAAGCCCUGGCCGGAGUGCAUCCCAACGCAGGCGGCGCUCCCGCUGCUCUCCGCGGAAUGAAGCGAGGAGACCCAGAGCCCGAUGGACAGACAGCGGCCUCGUUGAUCGACUCGUCUGGGGCUGAGUGCAAGCGUCCCCGAAUGGAUGGCUCCGGAGGGAUUGGCGAGGUUGGACAGAAUAAUGAUCCACUGACCCUCGGUUACCAUGGCUACCCAUCUCAUAGUCAGGGUUCCCAGGAUACUACUUCUGGUCAGGAGGGACUCGUACCUCAGGCUUUCGCAGCUUUCCCUCCUCCUCCUCCACCUCCUCCCCAGAACGGUCUUGCCCUGGAUUACGGUGGCAGCCUGUAUGCGGCGGGUGCGGUGCAGGGCCCCGUGGAAACCGGCGGAGCAGUGAACAGUGUAGUCAACGUUGUCAACAGCCUUAGUGGCCAAUCAGAUGGCUCCUCUCAGAUUGAUGGCCAGUCGGGCUCAGGAGGAGGAGGUAGCGGUGGCGGGGGGAGCAUCGGAGAUGAUUCAGAUGCCAAAGGGACACCCAAACGCCUCCACGUGUCCAACAUUCCCUUCCGCUUCCGAGACCCUGACCUGCGGCAGAUGUUUGGGCAAUAUGGCAAGAUUCUUGAUGUUGAGAUCAUCUUCAACGAGAGAGGAUCCAAGGGCUUUGGUUUCGUAACAUUCGAGACGAGUGCAGAUGCGGAGAGGGCCCGAGAGAAGCUUCAUGGUACACUGGUGGAAGGACGUAAGAUUGAGGUCAACAAUGCUACAGCCAGAGUGAUGACCAACAAGAAGUUGACAACCCCGUACUCCAAUGGAGAGGGUCUUGCAGCUCUGCCAUAUGCUGGCUGGAAGUUAAGUCCUGUGAUGGGAGCCAUGUACAGUCCUGAGCUCUACACAGUGCCAGGGUUUCCUUACCCAGCAGCAGCGGCGGCGGCUGCCUCCACGGCUGCGGCGACUUUCCGCGGUGCUCAUCUGCGUGGUCGUGCGCGGCCCGUUUACAGUGCGGUCAGAGCGGCUGUACCACAGCCUGCCAUCCCCACCUACCCUGGUGUGAUGGCCUAUCAGGAUGGUUUUUACGGUGCUGCUGAUCUUUAUGGAGGCUACGCUACGUACCGUUAUGCCCAGCCGACCGCCGUAGCGACACCUGCAGCCGCAGCAGCGGCAGCAGCAGCAGCUUACAGUGACAGCUAUGGACGAGUCUACACAGCUGACCCCUACCAUGCUGCACUUGCUCCCGCUGCCUACGGUGUUGGAGCUAUGGCCACGCUGUAUAGGGGGGGCUACAGUAGAUUUACCCCUUAUUAA